UAGACGGAUUUCCGAUGAGUGUCGGACUCGGUGUGCAGCUUGAUAUUUUGUCCGUCAUGGUUGCAUAGAGCUCGCAGUUUGGAAGCGUGUGUUAGUGUAUUUGCUAUGGAAGAACCAGAUCAGACUCAGAAAACUCCAUCUGUCGUUGAUCGGUAUUAUACACGAUGGUACAAAACAGAUAUGAAAGGAAGAGCAUGUGAAGAUCACUGCAUUCUACAGCAUUCAAACAGGAUUUGCAUCAUCACUCUUGCAGAUACUCACCCCAUCCUCCAAAAGGGACACAAAAUCAAGAACAUUGAUUACCGUAUCAGUGACAGCUGCAGCCGUCUCAACAAUAAAGUAUCUGGAAAAUCUAAGAGAGGUGGGCAGUUCCUGACAGAGUUCGCUCCAUUGUGUAGAAUCACAUGCACAGAUGAUAGUGAGUACACAAUAUUCAGCUGUAUUAGAGGACGUCUUUUAGAAGUUAACGAGGAUAUCCUAAAGCGGCCUGAUCUGUUGCUGGAAAAGCCAUCCACAGAAGGAUACAUAGCAGUGAUCUUACCCAAACUCGAAGAGAGCAAGACUAUCACCAACGACCUUCUGACCAGUAAACAGUAUGAGGAGGUUGUUUCUAAACGAAUUUCACAACCACCAGAGCUUCCUUGAAAACAAAUAAUUUUAGGAAAAUAGUUUCAAUAUUUCAUUAGGCUGAAUAGCAUUAUUUCUGUGAAAUAUAUUAUUACUUUUAUUAUCAUGUUUUUUGUUGGAUAAGAACCUUGGGUAAAACUGUAAUAUCUUUUCACAUUUUGUUUCUGUAUGUGUAAAUUACUAUUGCUAAAUCCAUACACAUUCACAAACAAUACAUAAACGAUAUACGUAUAUUAAAUAUGUAAAUAAGGACACAUACACAGUUUAAGAAAAAUAAUGUAUAUU